AUGGCUGCUUUAAUAACCCAGAAGUUGCCCACCAAACGUAGCCAAUCUCUUGGUGGUCAUAUGCUUAGAUGCAGACAUAUGGCUUCGAUUUCCAGAAAGAAAAUCACGAUAAUCUCAACAGCAAUAGCCGAUUCAGCGUCGUGGUUCUGCGCCGUAGUCCUGUUAGGCCUAAUAUUAUUGGCGUCUAUAAGGGAGAGUUCUUCAACGGCUGAACCUGUCAAAGGGAACCUGCUUCUUGACCGACCUUGCGAUGAAAUAUACGUCGUUGGAGAAGGGGAGACCUUGCACACCAUCAGCGAUAAGUGCGGUGACCCGUUUAUCGUGGAGCAGAACCCGCAUAUCCAUGACCCGGAUGAUGUUUUCCCUGGUCUUGUCAUCAAGAUCACUCCUUCCAUGCCGAGGAAGCUGUUGAGGUAG